AUGGAAAAUUCGGCUUAUGUUCCGAACUCGGCUCAUCUGAAUUCACCCGCCUUAGUGGUAUUUUCACAAGCCGCCGGUGGAUUGCAAGAUGCUUUAAGGAUUCAAAGGCCCUUUAAUCCGCAGUUUACAAUGUCGGAAGCAUCCAAAGACCUCCAUAGGCCUUUCACAGCUUCCUCUUUUGGACUAAGGCACAUGGAAGCCUACAGUGGCAUCCCCGCCCACAUUCUAAACCAUUUACAACCCCAGUUUCUCCAUCCUGGUCUCACCCUAGGUUCCGGAGCCUUCCGACCUUUAAACGACCUAAAAUCCUUUCCUUCUCCAUCAGCCUUUGCUCCUCCCAAAUGUCUCAAAAUCGAAACCAACAAUGAUUCUCUUCAUCCUAGUCAUAAUCACGGUAUCUUUUCGCCUUCGGAUGAUAGGCUUUUGGGACCCAGUCCCAGAACUGAUUCGUGUUCCCCCGCUAGUGCUUCUAUGUCCCCUCAGCCUCAAACUGCUGUUAAAGAAGAGAGCUUGGACGCUCAGAUGUCCGAGGAUGGUGAGGGCCAGGGUCAAGGCAAUGAAAGUGACUCCCCUGGAGUGCAUGAGGAUACCAGAGGGUUUAGAAUAGGCCCUCUCUUCGGAGGUGGUUUCAAUGGAAAUGGAGCAUACACAUUUACAGUACCAGGUCUUCCACCAGCUGCCCAUGCUCUGGCAAAGUCUACCUUCCUCUUCGAUCACGAAAGACGAGUCAUUUUAAAUAAUAGAAUAAACAUAGAUUUUGUAAAAAAGAAAAAGCGUGAUCCCUCAAGCUGUCCAAUUUGUGGUCUAACCAUAUCUACAGGCGAUUUGGAAACACAUUUUAUGCACGAGUUAGAACGUCUCUACAAAUUGAGUGGUUCGGGAAUAGCUGCCUCUAGAAAAAGAAGUAGACCAGAACCAGGAAGGCCUCCUGCUCUACCUGGAGACAGUGGCCCAGAAGGAAGAUGGGAGACCUUUCAAAGAAUAAAGACCAAUAGGCAUGGGAGACUCCGAAUCAAAAUUCGAAAAAGAAAAGCUGACGAUAUGUGUCCAAUAUGUACAGGCCAUCCUCAGAGAACUCAAGAAGAAAUUAAUCUACACGUGGAAAGGUGUGUCAGAAAGAACAUGCAUGAUGAAGACGAAACAGUAGACGUUGAAGGUGACUCAGAACUAGAAGAAUGGCACGAAUCUCAAAGAAGAAGAACUAACUCUUUAGUUGCUGGGUUGACGAUACCGACAAGUACAGGAAGAAUAGAAGUAGACAAUGAAGGUGAUGAUGUUAUUGUUGAUGGGGAUGAACCGGAAGACAGUACAUUCGGUCCCUCACAGUAUACCGAAAAUGAUGUUGUGAUAAAAGAAAACAGGGACAAAGAUGGAGUGCAAUCACAGGUUGCCACAGUGAAUUCUAGUGGCGACGUGGAAGUUAAAGUAGAAAGUGUCGGUCAACAAUGCGAUAGCAACGUGAGCACCUCAGAAUCUGAGCCCAGCAGUAGGGCGCACAUGAUAGAAGAGCUUAGAAAUAGAAUAAGACAACUCGAGGCUGAAGGGGGAGGUGGUGAGCCGGCAAGUAGCACAGAUACCGAAGACUAUAAAUGUUUAAUUUGCCUGGAACACUACAAGAAACCUGUUAUAUCGACCGUUUGUUGGCAUGUACACUGUGAGGAAUGUUGGCUUCAUACAUUGGGUAGCAAAAAAGUAUGCCCGCAGUGCAGCAUGAUAACUUCACCGACCGAUCUUAGACGAAUAUUUAUGUAA